AUGCCUUUUCUUUAUCGUCUUCACUCACAUCAUACUUUAUCAGUACAACAUCUUCGUCAUGCUCUCGAACUAAUUGUCACAAAGCAUCAAUCGCUUCGAACAUCCGUCAUAUUUCAUACAGAAACCGAUCGACUAUUGCAACGAAUCAUUGAUAUGAAAGAUAAAAAUAGACAAUUACUUACAUUUAUUGAAAGCACUUAUGAAACACAAGAACAACUCAAUGAUAUCAUACAUGAAGAAAAAUAUAAUCCUCAACUUUUUGAUGCUGCUGAAGGUCUUGUGUUUCGAUGCCAUCUUGUUUAUCACAAACGAAUCUCUUCAAAUCAUCUACUUUCUGACAAAGAUGUAGUCAUUUUCAAUUUUCAUCAUUCUGUAUUUGACUAUCCAUCAAUGAAUAUAUUUCUUCAUGAUCUCGAUCAAGCCUAUACAACAGGCCAACUAUUUUAUGAUGACAACACUAAUCUUCGUUAUCUAGAUUGUAAAUAUAAUUAG